GAACACGCCCCUCUCCCCAGCCGCCGCGGCUGCCCGGGCGCUCCGCCGGAGCCGUGCGCUUGGCGGCGUCCCCCGGCCGGGCGCCCGGUGCAGAGCGUGCUCCCGGCGCCCGGCUUCGCUUGGGCGCUGCGCGCGGCGCGGGACCUCGCUCCCUGAGGGAGAGGAGGCGAGCCGGCUAGCGGUCGGGGCCGAGGGCCUGGCUCGCGGUCGUCCCCGGGGCCGGAGAGCGGCCCUCCCCUCGCCUCGCCUCCUUGGCUGCGGCGGCGACAGCGGCAGCACCCGUGGCUGCGUCCUCGGCUCUCGCCGCGAUGCCAGCUCUUGGAGGCUAGCGUGCUGCUGUAGGGUAACAUCUGGACUGGGUUCCCCGGCUCUUGGAUGUCUCGCUGCCCACAAACUCCUGGAGCAACUUGUUGAAAACUGUAUUGCUGCUGAAGGCUUCUCCGAUGCUUUAGGAUAUCUUCAGGGAAAUCAACUCUUUACAUAAACUGAGAAUUUCGACAUUCUAAGUGAGAAUCUUCACAUCAUCUAGGAAAAUGGUGGCCCUGUCCUUAAAGAUUUGUGUCCGCCACUGCAAUGUGGUAAAGACCAUGCAGUUUGAACCAUCUACAGCCGUGUACGAUGCAUGUCGAGUCAUUCGGGAACGGGUACCUGAGGCGCAAACUGGCCAAGCUUCUGAUUAUGGGCUGUUUCUCUCAGAUGAAGACCCCAGGAAAGGAAUUUGGCUGGAAGCAGGCAGAACACUGGAUUACUACAUGUUGCGAAAUGGGGAUAUUUUGGAAUAUAAAAAGAAACAGAGACCUCAGAAAAUCCGGAUGCUGGAUGGAUCCGUGAAAACGGUGAUGGUGGAUGACUCUAAGACCGUUGGGGAGCUCCUGGUUACCAUUUGCAGCAGGAUCGGAAUAACGAACUAUGAAGAAUAUUCUUUAAUCCAAGAAACGAUUGAGGAAAAGAAAGAGGAAGGGACGGGUACGCUAAAAAAAGACAGGACACUGUUGCGAGACGAGAGGAAGAUGGAGAAGCUGAAGGCAAAACUCCACACGGAUGAUGACCUAAAUUGGCUGGAUCACAGCCGAACAUUCAGAGAACAAGGGGUAGAUGAACAUGAAACGUUGCUGCUUAGAAGGAAGUUCUUCUACUCCGAUCAGAAUGUGGACUCGAGAGACCCUGUGCAGCUGAACUUGCUUUAUGUUCAGGCUCGGGAUGAUAUCCUGAACGGCUCCCACCCUGUCUCCUUCGAGAAAGCUUGUGAGUUUGGAGGAUUUCAAGCCCAGAUACAAUUUGGACCUCAUGUGGAACAUAAACACAAGCCAGGAUUCUUAGAUCUAAAGGAAUUCCUGCCCAAAGAAUACAUCAAGCAGAGAGGAGCUGAAAAGAGAAUAUUUCAGGAGCAUAAGAACUGUGGAGAGAUGAGCGAAAUAGAAGCCAAGGUCAAGUAUGUGAAACUCGCCCGAUCCCUCCGGACGUACGGUGUGUCCUUUUUCCUGGUGAAGGAAAAGAUGAAAGGCAAGAACAAGCUUGUGCCUCGCUUGCUGGGCAUCACUAAGGACUCGGUGAUGCGCGUGGAUGAGAAGACCAAGGAAGUGCUACAGGAGUGGCCGCUCACCACCGUCAAGCGCUGGGCAGCCUCACCCAAGAGCUUCACGCUGGAUUUUGGGGAGUAUCAAGAAAGCUACUAUUCAGUACAAACCACUGAGGGAGAGCAAAUAUCCCAGCUGAUUGCAGGCUACAUCGACAUCAUCCUCAAAAAGAAACAAAGCAAAGAUAGAUUUGGAUUAGAGGGGGAUGAGGAGUCGACUAUGCUGGAAGAGUCUGUUUCCCCGAAGAAGUCUACCAUCUUGCAGCAGCAGUUCAAUCGGACUGGAAAGGUGGAACACAGCUCCGUGGCACUGCCCGCCGUGAUGCGCUCAGGCUCCAGUGGGCCCGAGACCUUCAACGUUGGCAGCAUGCCCUCCCCGCAACAGCAGGUCAUGGUUGGGCAGAUGCACCGAGGCCACAUGCCCCCGCUGACCUCGGCCCAGCAGGCUCUCAUGGGGACCAUCAACACAAGCAUGCACGCUGUCCAGCAGGCCCAGGAUGACCUCAGCGAGCUGGAUUCACUGCCACCCCUAGGCCAGGAUAUGGCGUCCCGGGUAUGGGUUCAGAAUAAAGUCGAUGAAUCCAAACACGAAAUCCACUCCCAGGUCGAUGCGAUCACAGCUGGAACAGCUUCAGUAGUUAACCUCACUGCCGGUGACCCUGCAGACACCGACUACACAGCAGUGGGAUGUGCAAUCACCACCAUUUCUUCCAACCUGACGGAGAUGUCCAAGGGCGUGAAGCUUUUGGCAGCCUUGAUGGACGACGAAGUGGGCAGUGGGGAGGACUUGCUCAGAGCCGCGAGGACCCUCGCGGGGGCAGUGUCGGACUUGCUGAAAGCUGUGCAGCCUACUUCCGGAGAGCCUCGACAGACAGUUUUGACUGCUGCUGGAAGCAUCGGACAAGCCAGUGGGGAUCUUCUGAGACAGAUCGGAGAGAAUGAGACUGAUGAGCGAUUCCAAGACGUUUUAAUGAGUUUGGCCAAAGCUGUAGCCAAUGCUGCCGCCAUGUUGGUAUUAAAGGCGAAGAAUGUCGCCCAAGUAGCUGAAGACACGGUCCUACAGAACAGGGUGAUUGCCGCUGCCACCCAAUGUGCCCUUUCUACCUCUCAGCUGGUGGCGUGCGCCAAGGUGGUGAGCCCCACCAUCAGCUCCCCCGUGUGCCAGGAGCAGCUGAUCGAAGCAGGGAAGCUCGUGGACCGCUCGGUGGAGAACUGUGUCCGUGCCUGCCAGGCUGCCACCGACGACAGCGAGCUCCUGAAGCAGGUCAGCGCGGCGGCCAGCGUGGUCAGCCAGGCCCUGCACGAUCUCCUGCAGCACGUGCGACAGUUUGCCAGCCGAGGCGAGCCCAUCGGCCGCUACGACCAGGCCACCGACACCAUCAUGUGUGUCACCGAGAGCAUCUUCAGCUCCAUGGGAGAUGCUGGUGAAAUGGUGCGCCAGGCCCGGGUCCUGGCCCAGGCCACCUCAGACCUUGUCAACGCCAUGAGGUCAGAUGCAGAAGCUGAAAUCGACAUGGAGAAUUCAAAGAAGCUCCUGGCAGCAGCAAAACUCUUGGCUGAUUCCACUGCUCGCAUGGUGGAAGCUGCAAAGGGGGCUGCGGCCAAUCCUGAGAAUGAAGACCAGCAGCAGAGACUGAGAGAAGCUGCGGAAGGUCUCCGUGUGGCAACCAACGCCGCUGCCCAGAAUGCUAUCAAGAAAAAAAUUGUCAACAGAUUGGAGGUGGCAGCUAAGCAGGCCGCAGCCGCCGCCACACAGACCAUCGCCGCCUCCCAGAACGCGGCCGUGUCCAACAAGAACCCCGCCGCCCAGCAACAGCUGGUUCAGAGCUGCAAGGCAGUCGCUGAUCACAUCCCUCAGCUGGUCCAGGGGGUGAGAGGAAGCCAAGCCCAAGCUGAAGACCUUAGCGCCCAGCUGGCUCUCAUCAUCUCCAGCCAGAACUUCCUCCAGCCUGGAAGCAAGAUGGUGGCCUCCGCCAAAGCCGCGGUGCCCACUGUGAGCGACCAGGCUGCAGCCAUGCAGCUGAGCCAAUGUGCCAAGAACCUUGCCACCAGCUUGGCAGAGCUACGUACCGCCUCGCAGAAGGCCCAUGAAGCCUGUGGUCCGAUGGAAAUUGACUCAGCCCUGAGCACCGUGCAGACACUUAAGAAUGAACUGCAGGAUGCCAAGAUGGCUGCUGUGGAGAGUCAACUGAAACCCCUUCCAGGGGAAACGCUGGAAAAAUGUGCUCAAGACCUGGGAAGUACAUCCAAGGCAGUGGGCUCCUCCAUGGCUCAGCUCCUAACCUGUGCUGCGCAAGGCAAUGAGCACUACACAGGGGUGGCUGCAAGAGAGACAGCCCAAGCUCUGAAAACGCUGGCCCAGGCUGCCCGUGGAGUGGCCGCAUCCACGAGCGACCCCGCAGCUACGCAUGCCAUGUUAGAUUCAGCCCGAGACGUGAUGGAGGGCUCAGCCAUGCUCAUCCAGGAAGCCAAGCAGGCCCUGAUUGCACCUGGGGAUGCUGAGAGUCAGCAGAGACUAGCCCAGGUGGCCAAAGCCGUCUCGCACUCCUUGAAUAACUGCGUGAAUUGUCUCCCUGGCCAGAAGGAUGUGGACGUGGCCUUGAAGAGCAUUGGCGAGUCCAGCAAGAAGCUGCUUGUGGACUCGUUACCUCCAAGCACGAAGCCUUUCCAGGAGGCCCAGAGUGAACUGAACCAAGCUGCGGCUGAUCUGAACCAGUCUGCUGGGGAAGUGGUCCAUGCCACCCGGGGCCAGAGCGGAGAGCUGGCCGCAGCCUCUGGGAAGUUCAGUGAUGAUUUCGAUGAAUUUCUGGAUGCUGGCAUUGAGAUGGCAGGCCAGGCUCAGACAAAAGAAGACCAGAUCCAAGUGAUUGGAAACCUCAAGAAUAUCUCUAUGGCAUCCAGCAAGCUGUUGUUAGCUGCCAAAUCUCUCUCUGUAGAUCCAGGAGCCCCCAAUGCAAAAAAUCUCCUGGCUGCUGCCGCAAGAGCUGUGACAGAGAGCAUCAAUCAGCUGAUCACUCUGUGCACCCAGCAAGCUCCUGGCCAGAAAGAAUGUGAUAAUGCCCUGCGGGAGCUCGAGACUGUCAAGGGGAUGUUGGACAAUCCUAAUGAACCUGUUAGUGACCUCUCUUACUUUGACUGCAUUGAGAGUGUGAUGGAAAACUCCAAGGUUCUGGGCGAGUCGAUGGCAGGGAUUUCACAGAACGCCAAGACCGGGGACCUCCCUGCCUUUGGGGAGUGUGUGGGGAUUGCGUCCAAGGCCCUCUGUGGGUUGACAGAGGCUGCAGCCCAGGCUGCAUACCUGGUGGGCAUCUCUGAUCCAAACAGCCAGGCGGGCCACCAGGGCCUUGUGGACCCCAUCCAGUUUGCCAGGGCCAACCAGGCCAUCCAGAUGGCAUGCCAGAACCUGGUGGACCCCGGCAGCAGCCCGUCACAGGUUCUGUCCGCGGCCACCAUUGUCGCCAAGCACACCUCGGCCCUGUGCAACGCCUGUCGUAUCGCCUCAUCCAAGACAGCCAACCCAGUGGCCAAGAGGCACUUUGUCCAGUCAGCCAAGGAAGUCGCCAACAGCACUGCCAACCUGGUGAAGACCAUCAAGGCCCUGGAUGGGGAUUUCUCUGAAGACAACCGCAAUAAGUGUCGCAUUGCCACCGCACCCUUGAUUGAAGCUGUGGAGAACCUGACAGCUUUCGCAUCCAACCCUGAGUUUGUCAGCAUUCCCGCCCAGAUCAGCUCCGAGGGCUCCCAGGCACAGGAACCGAUCCUGGUCUCAGCCAAGACCAUGCUGGAGAGCUCAUCAUACCUCAUUCGCACUGCACGCUCACUGGCCAUCAACCCCAAAGACCCACCUACCUGGUCUGUGCUAGCCGGACAUUCCCACACCGUGUCUGACUCUAUCAAGAGUCUCAUCACAUCUAUCAGGGACAAGGCCCCUGGACAGAGAGAGUGUGACUACUCCAUCGAUGGCAUCAACCGGUGUAUCCGCGACAUUGAGCAGGCCUCGCUGGCAGCUGUCAGCCAGAGCUUGGCCACAAGGGAUGACAUCUCCGUGGAGGCCCUACAAGAGCAGCUGACUUCAGUGGUCCAGGAAAUCGGGCACCUCAUCGAUCCCAUUGCCACAGCAGCUCGGGGGGAAGCAGCGCAGCUAGGACACAAGGUGACACAGCUGGCAAGCUACUUCGAGCCCCUGAUCUUGGCCGCAGUUGGUGUCGCCUCCAAGAUUCUGGACCAUCAGCAGCAGAUGACUGUGCUGGACCAGACCAAGACACUUGCAGAAUCUGCCCUCCAGAUGCUGUAUGCAGCCAAAGAAGGUGGAGGAAACCCCAAGGCCCAGCACACCCACGACGCCAUCACAGAGGCCGCCCAGCUCAUGAAGGAGGCUGUUGAUGACAUCAUGGUGACACUGAAUGAAGCAGCUAGCGAAGUGGGGCUGGUGGGAGGCAUGGUCGAUGCCAUUGCAGAGGCCAUGAGCAAGCUGGAUGAAGGCACUCCUCCAGAACCAAAGGGAACAUUUGUCGACUAUCAGACGACUGUGGUUAAAUACUCCAAAGCCAUUGCGGUAACAGCUCAGGAAAUGAUGACUAAGUCGGUUACUAACCCGGAGGAGUUGGGAGGACUGGCUUCACAAAUGACCAGUGACUAUGGGCACCUGGCUCUCCAGGGCCAGAUGGCAGCAGCCACGGCGGAACCAGAGGAGAUCGGCUUCCAGAUUCGCACACGUGUGCAGGACCUGGGCCACGGCUGCAUCUUCCUGGUGCAGAAGGCGGGGGCCCUCCAGGUGUGCCCCACGGACAGCUACACCAAGAGGGAGCUCAUCGAGUGUGCCCGUGCAGUCACAGAGAAGGUGUCCUUGGUGUUGUCAGCUCUCCAGGCUGGGAACAAGGGGACCCAGGCAUGUAUCACAGCUGCCACUGCCGUGUCUGGGAUUAUCGCCGACCUGGACACCACCAUCAUGUUUGCGACUGCAGGGACCCUGAAUGCAGAGAACAACGAGACCUUUGCAGACCACAGGGAGAACAUUCUGAAGACAGCCAAGGCCUUGGUGGAAGACACGAAACUGCUGGUGUCAGGGGCUGCGUCCACCCCGGACAAGCUGGCCCAGGCAGCCCAGUCGUCGGCAGCCACCAUCACCCAGCUCGCUGAAGUGGUCAAGCUGGGGGCCGCCAGCCUCGGCUCUAAUGACCCUGAGACGCAGGUGGUGUUGAUCAAUGCCAUCAAAGACGUGGCCAAGGCCCUUUCAGAUCUGAUAGGUGCUACCAAGGGGGCCGCCAGCAAGCCUGCCGAUGACCCCUCCAUGUACCAGCUCAAGGGGGCCGCCAAGGUGAUGGUGACCAAUGUCACCUCCCUCCUCAAGACUGUAAAGGCAGUGGAGGACGAGGCCACCCGGGGCACACGGGCGCUCGAGGCCACAAUCGAAUACAUGAAACAGGAGCUCACGGUGUUCCAGUCAAAAGAGGUGCCUGAAAAGACAUCAUCACCCGAAGAAUCGAUAAGGAUGACGAAAGGCAUCACCAUGGCAACAGCCAAAGCCGUGGCCGCUGGGAACUCAUGCAGACAGGAGGAUGUGAUUGCCACCGCCAACCUGAGCCGGAAAGCUGUGUCAGAUAUGCUGACGGCUUGUAAGCAAGCAUCCUUUCACCCUGAUGUCAGCGAGGAGGUGCGCACGAGAGCCUUGCGAUACGGGACGGAGUGCACCCUUGGCUACCUGGACCUUCUCGAGCACGUCUUGGUGAUUCUUCAGAAACCCAGCCCGGAACUCAAGCACCAGCUGGCUGCUUUCUCCAAGCGCGUCGCUGGUGCCGUGACUGAGCUCAUCCAGGCAGCAGAAGCCAUGAAAGGAACAGAGUGGGUGGAUCCAGAAGACCCAACUGUCAUCGCGGAAACAGAAUUACUGGGGGCUGCGGCAUCCAUUGAGGCUGCUGCUAAGAAGUUAGAGCAACUGAAGCCAAGAGCCAAACCGAAACAAGCAGAUGAGACCCUGGAUUUUGAAGAACAGAUUUUGGAAGCUGCUAAAUCCAUUGCCGCUGCCACGAGUGCCCUGGUCAAAUCGGCCUCGGCAGCCCAGAGGGAGCUGGUGGCCCAAGGAAAGGUGGGCUCCAUCCCCGCCAAUGCUGCGGAUGACGGACAGUGGUCGCAGGGGCUGAUUUCUGCCGCCCGGAUGGUGGCAGCUGCAACCAGCAGUCUCUGUGAGGCGGCCAAUGCCUCUGUUCAGGGACAUGCCAGUGAAGAGAAGCUCAUCUCAUCCGCCAAGCAGGUCGCUGCUUCCACGGCUCAGCUGCUCGUGGCCUGCAAGGUGAAGGCCGACCAGGAUUCAGAGGCCAUGAGGCGGCUACAGGUAAUGGUCACUGAUGCUGGUGGGAAAAUACUCCUGUUGGAGCGGGCAGCAGGAAAUGCUGUGAAAAGAGCCUCAGAUAAUCUUGUUCGUGCAGCCCAGAAGGCAGCAUUUGGCAAAGCUGACGAUGACGAUGUUGUAGUGAAAACAAAGUUUGUAGGGGGCAUUGCUCAGAUCAUUGCCGCCCAGGAAGAGAUGUUGAAAAAAGAACGAGAACUGGAAGAAGCGAGGAAAAAACUGGCCCAGAUCCGCCAACAGCAGUAUAAAUUCCUACCCACUGAGCUGCGGGAGGAUGAAGGCUAAGGCCAGAGCCAAAAUGGCGUGCCCCAGGGAACGACUUUGCAACAAAUAGUGUUCCUGAGAAGCUGGGACUUACCUGGAAACUGCCUGCCUCCCCUGGGGCCAACACAGAGCCCUGAGUGCUCAUUCUCACGUCUCUGUCCUGUCGGGCACCGGCUGCAUGAUCGUGAUGUCACACGGUACAGUGUCCCACCCACAGCUCCUUCGCCACCUCCCCUCAUGCCUCACCGUAUCUCAGGAGAGAGGGGCGCACGUUUCGUGAACUGUUACCAAAAAAGAGAGAAGUCAGUAUUAUGUCGUUCUCAGACACUUUUGCUUUUGUUGGUCCUUCUCUAGGCCUGCUCCUGGGCCUUCUGUGAAAUCUUAAGAGGAAACAAAAAUAAUGGCUUGGGGGAAAGCAUUGAUAUCCUAGAGAUUAUUCUCCCUCUCAGGAGAAGAUGGAGGUUGGAGUUGGACAUGGCUAAUAAAAGCUGGAAGCGUAAACCAGUGUGGACUCCAGGAGGGCCACUGCCGUCCUUCUGUAUCUCAAGCACUGGCUCACCCAGAGGAUGGAGAAUUCCUGCUCCCAUUUGCACGCUUUCUUGCCUCAGUGUGUAAGCUCCUUGUACAAUCUAGACCCGUCUUGUAUUCUGUGGCCCAAGAAAACUGAACGAUUAUUUUUUUCCUCCAUAAUCCAAAGGGCAGAAGUAUGGGGGACUGUCAGGGCUCGGUGAGCAGAGGCUGGAAUAAAAUGUGUGGGCUCCUUA